AUGUUUUAUGGCGAGGCAGGUAUCGCAGGAAACAUCUGGGCACCAAGCGCUGACCUGGGCCCGGAGCCGCUUCGCCGGAAAACCCCAGACGAGGGAAAAAUUAGUAACAAGACCCGUUACAUACCGCCUCCCACCGACCACACUGAUUGGCAGUAUUUUUGCACUAUUUUGACCAAUCGACGACUUACGCUGCCUCCUAUAGCCUUGGGUACGCCCAUAGCAAGCUGCCGUUUGAGAAGCCAACUAUCAAUAUCCUGGUGGAUAUCCCGUUUGGAAACCCACCGUCGUCGGACAAGCAGAGAUUCCACAUUGUUGGUGAGCAUCCCGUUUGGACAGCCACCGUUGGAAACGCCGAAUUCAACAUCAUUGGUGAACAUCCCGUUUGGAGAACACCAGCAGCCGAACAAGGAUCUUCGGCACCACGUGAAGAACACUCAGUCAAGUAAGAAGCUCAGAGAAUCUCCUAUCAAUCCUUUAAACGAUCUUUCAUUCUUCUAUAAUCAUCAAGUCAAUUCUCGUAACGUAACGCGGUUAAUUGGAUACUUUAACUCAAACGUCGAUAUAGAACUCGAUGACGUUCAAACGCGCAAGGUCAAGUUAGAAGAAUGUUACCAAGCAUUUUCAAAGAUUCAAUUCGAAAUAGAGAUUCUUGCCGAGGAAGCCCAAAUAGAGUUAGAUCACGAGACAGAAAGAGCGCAAUUUGAUGACCAGUAUUUUAAAUGUGCUAAAUUCAUUAAUCAGCGUCUUCGCGAACUCGAACCGUCUCAUGUAAUUGCAGAACCGGGUAGUUUAACUUCACAACCCAGUGCAAUCAGUGGUUCUAACAUUACCAUAAGUAACAAUUCGUUAUUACCAAAAAUAGAAAUCCGUCCAUUUGACGGUAAUCCCAUACAAUGGUACAGUUUCCAUGACACGUUUCAGUCGUUAGUACACAAUGACACCAACAUCCCGGCAGUACAGAAAUUUUAUUUAUUAAAAAAUUCAUUAGUCGGUAGUGUCGCGACAAUUAUUGACCAGCUUACAGCAUCCGAAGAAAAUUACCAUGUAGCUUGGGAUUUAUUAAAACAGCGUUGUGAUAGGCCUCGUCAAAUUAUUCAAACUCAUAUUAAGGCGAUCUUGGAGUUGCCAGAAAUCGCGAAAGAGUCACCAUAUAGUAUCCGAGCGUUAAAGGAGUCUGCCUUAAUGCAUGUAAAUGCUCUAAAGGCCUUGAAAGAACCGAUUGAAGCGUGGAAUUCAAUACUCACAUACGUAAUUGUUCGUAAACUAGACAAAAAUACGCGACGAACUUGGGAACGCACUCUAGACAACACGCAAAUGCCUAAAUUCACCGAGUUAAUAGAGUUUUUAAACAAACAAGAGCGAGGAGAUGAAGCUGAAACAAACAACAUGAUAGGGAAUCAAAGUCAAAUAAGAGUCGAACGAAAUGCAAAUAAAUUCGGUAAAGUGUCGAGUCAUCGCGUUCAAGCAUUUAUAGGAACGGAAAGGCGGAAUGAAUGCUACCUGUGCAAUGGUAAUCACACUAUUUACGCAUGCGAAAACUUCUUAAAAUUAACUCCGCGCGAACGAUCCAAUACAGCGAAAAACAAACGGUUAUGCCUUAAUUGUUUACGAAAUAAUCACCCGACUAAUAAAUGUAUGGCAUCCAGCUGCAAACAUUACCAUCGCAAACAUAACACGUUAUUACAUUUCGUCGAAGCACACAAUGCAAUUAGGGUAGAUACAGGUAGUAAGGAGAAUCCGCACUCGUCUACCUCCACCGAGCAGGUAAAACAGGGCUAUACGGUAACAUACAAUUCAGAAGUGCUAUUAGGGACAGCGCGGAUUAAGAUUUUAGACAAUAAUAAUCACGAACAUGAAUGUAGGGUAUUGUUAGAUGGAUGCUCGCAAUGCCAUUUCAUCACUGAUAAGCUAGCACAGAAACUUCAAUUAAAUAAAGAAAAAAUUGAUCUGCCAUUUGCGGGUUUAGGCCAACUGACCACGCGAGCAGAGUAUCGAGUCAAGGCAACAAUUAAAUCAAAAACCAGUAAAUUUCAAUCAGAAGUAGAGUUCGUAGCUCUUCCAAGAAUCACUAGUUUAUUACCAUCGCGCCGUGUCCAUCGCAAGGAGCUUUCGAUUCCGAACAAUAUCCCACUUGCAGAUCCAGAAUUCGAUAAACCCGCGGAAAUCGAUGCGCUGAUCGGAACCACAUUAUUUUACAAGCUAUUAAACAUCGGUCAAAUUAAACUAUCAGGUGCGGCAGACGUCAGGUUACAAAAAACAAUGUUAGGCUGGAUAGUGGUGGGUGACGUUCACAAAUCUAACAACAAUUCAGGCAGUAACUCGUGUCACUUAAUCACGUCGUUAGAUAACCAAUUAACCCGGUUUUGGGAAGUCGAAGAAGUUCCUCAUAAAAAACAUCGGUCCCUAGAAGAAACAAAGUGCGAAACAUUAUACAUGGAGACCACAAAACGCGAUCGCGACGGGAGGUACAUUGUACAGUUGCCAUUUAACGAUAAACGGAACAAUAUUGGCCAAUCCUAUGGCACCGCGUUAAACCGGUUCUAUUCAAUCGAAAGAAAAUUAGCAAGAGACAAGGUAUUACAACAAUAUUAUAGUAAUUUCUUAAGGGAAUAUCGCGAUUUAGGACACAUGCGUGACAUUACACAGUCUGAUAAUAAACAAGAGGGUUACUAUAUACCUCAUCACGCGGUUAUCAAAGAAGAUAGCUUAUCAACAAACGUUAGGGUAGUUUUCGACGCUUCAGCUAAAAGUAUGACAAACGUUUCCUUAAAUGAUGCAAUGAUGGUCGGACCUCCCAUUCAAGGUGACCUAAUAUUUAUUAUAAUGCGAUUUCGGUUACACAAUGUCGUACUGGCCGCUGAUUUGCAAAAAAUGUAUAGACAAGUUAAGGUAGUGGACUCGGACGCAAUAUAUCAAAAAAUUUUAUGGCGAGAAUGCGAAAAUGAAACAAUCCGCGUCUUUCAAUUAAACACGGUGACUCAAGGUACAGCUUCAGCUCCGUUUCUUGCAUCUAGAACGUUGCAUCAAUUAGCCGACGAUGAAGGUCAUAAAUUUCCCUUAGCUGCAAUUAGUUUAAAGAAUGAUUUUUAUGUUGAUGAUUUGCUAUCAGGCGCAAAUACCAUUCAGGAAGCAUUAGAAUUGAAACGCCAAGUAACUCAAAUACUGAAGCUAGGGGGAUUCGAACUUCAUAAAUGGGCUUCAAACAAAUCGGAAGUAAUUGCAAGGGCAAACAAUGACGAAGCACAGGCGAUUUGCUUAAACACAGAAUCUAGAAAACUAUUAGGCAUUCAUUGGGAUUCAAUCGGGGAUGCAAUAACUUAUUCCGUAAAGCCGUUUGCUGCGAAAAAACAUUCAACCAAACGUACAAUACUAUCCCAAAUCGCUCAAUUGUUCGAUCCGCUAGGUUUGCUAGGGCCAGUAAUUACGCUGGCAAAACUCGUGAUGCAAGGAUUAUGGAAAGCAAAGGUAGAAUGGGAUGAAUCGUUGCCGCAGGAAAUGCACACCAAAUGGAUCGAGUUCAAGAAAGAGUUACCACUGCUCAGUCAAUUUAAAGUAUCUAGACAAGUCAUAUUAGCGAAUGCACACGACAUCCAGUUACAUGGAUUUUGCGAUGCAAGUGAAACUGCGUAUGGGGCAUGUGUGUAUGUGCGAUCAUCUAACAAGGAAAACAAUUCUUUAGUACAAUUAAUAUGCGCAAAGUCACGUGUUGCUCCAAUCAAAACUAUUACAAUACCUAGACUCGAAUUAUGUGCAGCGCAAUUACUAGCUAGAUUAGUUGAUACGGUGUCAAGGUCAUUAAAUUUAAAAUAUAGCAAAAUUCAACUGUGGUCUGAUUCCACUAUAGUGUUGCAUUGGAUUCAAACAUCUCCUCAUUGUUUAAAAACGUUUGUGGCUAAUAGAGUUGCGGAAAUUCAAUCACUAACGAAUGUGAGUAAUUGGUUCCACGUUUCAACCGAAGACAAUCCCGCCGAUUACAUCUCCCGUGGUCAAACUCCUUCUGAGUUUAUAAAAAAUACACAUUGGCAACAUGGGCCCGUCUGGCUAAGCCAGAGAGAAAAUAAUUGGAAAGUCAAGCAUCUUUUGCCAAUGAUUGUUCCUGAGCAAAGGGUCAAAACAGCGCUAGUCAUUAUGGGUAAAGUUGCCAAAGACAAUUCAGGGGAACACGAUACAAAAAACGAUACACUUGAAAGAUUCUCUUCAAUUAAUGCAUUAAUUAAAUUUGUGGCAUUCUGUCAUCGAGCGGUUUCAAAUCGGAAAUCAGCCAAUAAAAAGAUAGGCAAAUUUACCAUCGAAGAAUUAAAGAAUGCACGAGUUCAGAUUAUACGGGUGAUUCAACAAACUCACUUUUCGCGAGACAUAAAAAAUCUCCAACAAGGCAUUCAAUUAAAUGCAAAAACACAUUUCCUGAUAGGAGGUUCGUUAUCGAGCAUUCCAGAACUUGACGUUCAAGACGUGCACACCAAUAGGCUGUCAAUGUGGCAGAGAGUGCAACAAGUAAAGCAGCAUUUUUGGAACAGGUGGCAUAAAGAAUAUUUAAAUGAGUUACGUACCAAAAGUAAAUGGCAUCAAGGAGAUGGUAGACAAAUUGAAAUUGGUCAGCUAGUAAUGAUCAAAGAAGACAACCUUCCUCCAAUGCAAUGGAGCAUGGGUCGUAUUGUGCAAGUGCACCCAGCUGCUGGAGUGGUAAUAGGUGCUGCUAUAGCCCAUUGCUGUUGGAGAGCCGGAACUUCUACUGCUCAACAAAUUCACUCCAGUAAGGAAAAGGUGCCAGAGGUGGAUAAGAGGAGCAUUUCUACGCAGACUGAGAUAUCAGGACCAGUUGAGGAGGCUAUCACAGACCCUUCCUUCACUCUCACUAGGGACAGACAGUCAAUCCCUAGGGCUAUCUCUCCUUACGAUAAGACGUUCGCAACAUCUGACAUCGCAAGGAAUCUACUCCCAUAA